CCAUGCCGCAGUUUGAGCCAUACGAUCCGAGCAAGAACGCCCGCCAAGAUGGUAAAUAUACCGAUAUCGACCCCAAGAAAAUCUGCCGUUUAGAGAUAUUCCCUCCUAUUGGUAUUUCUCGGCUGGGGGAUUCCAAUGACGAGUACUUUUACGGACCUGAAGUCCCUGGUGGUACUGAUCACCACUUUGGGAAGUUCAGGGAUGGAGACCAAAAGAUUAGACGACAGGCGGCCAGAUUCCGUGUUUACGCGUAUGGUGAAGGUGAUACAGCGUUGGGAGAGGUUAACCUAGCCAAUGGAUAUCAGCUCAACUGGAAGGUUCACGUCGCGAACAAGAAGCCCGCGUAUUAUCAUUCUCGAGGUCAAUAUCGAGUUCGUGAAGGAGACCCCGACCCAAAAAGGCUGCGUAAUCCCGACGUUCAAUCCGUUUCGGAAGAUAGACUCACGGGCGAGCCUUUUGACGAGUCUAUGGAGAGCCGCGACAAAUUGAUCAUCGAUCCUGGGGCAAAGACGAUCACUCGAGAACCAAACGGACCUUCCGAUCCAUGUGUCGAGCUUAGCGCGCCAUUCCAUGGAUCCAAGGAUCAGCCG